UUUUGUAAGGAUAAACAGCAAUGACAGCAUUUUUCAAGCAUCUUGCCCGUUUCUGGCAGGCGGUGAGGCACGCACCCCACCAUCGAUCAUUUACUGCCGCCCAUCACGGUGGUUCAAACCAGCAUCAACUUCACAGGCGACAUCCGAUAUAAAUUGGCUGUGAUGUGCCUGACCGUCUGCUGCAGCUUCCCAUUCCUUUGCUCCUAAGGGUUUGUUUGGCCCUCCUCUGCGGUCCUCGUCCUUUGAAAUUCAAUUCUAGUAGCCGUUGUCCCUGGACGAACACUCGCAGUAAUGAUGGAGAGCAGACAACAGCGGAGCUCCUUUCAGCGGUUGGAGAAGCUUGGUGAAGGCACCUAUGCGACCGUAUACAAGGGAAGAAACCGGCAGACGGGUGAAAUGGUGGCUCUAAAGGAGAUCCAUCUGGAUUCGGAGGAAGGCACUCCAUCAACUGCAAUUCGCGAAAUCUCCCUGAUGAAAGAGCUCAAACAUGAAAAUAUCCUCUCUCUAUAUGAUAUAAUCCACACGGAAAACAAGCUAAUGCUUGUUUUCGAAUUCAUGGACAAAGAUCUUAAAAAAUACAUGGAAGUGCGAAACAACCAACUGAACUAUACCACGAUCAAGGACUUCAUGCACCAAUUACUCCGGGGCGUUGCAUUUUGUCACCAUAAUCGCGUUCUUCAUCGAGAUCUCAAGCCGCAAAACCUCCUAAUUAACACCAAUGGUCAAUUGAAACUGGCAGACUUUGGCUUAGCACGAGCAUUUGGUAUUCCAGUCAACACCUUCUCGCACGAGGUCGUCACAUUGUGGUAUCGUGCGCCAGACGUACUUCUUGGAAGCCGUAUGUACAACACUAGCAUUGACAUAUGGUCUGCGGGCUGUAUUAUGGCUGAGAUGUACAUGGGCCGCCCAUUGUUCCCUGGCUCCACCAAUGAGGAUCAGUUACAGAAAAUCUUCCGUCUGAUGGGGACGCCGUCGGAGCGUUCCUGGCCCGGGAUCUCACAAUUUCCGGAAUAUAAGCCGAAUUUUCCCGUGUAUGCCACGCAGGAUUUGAGCCUGAUACUUCCUCAGAUAGAUCCUCUAGGUCUUGAUCUUCUCAAUCGCAUGCUGCAGUUACGCCCUGAGAUGCGGAUUAGCGCGGCCGACGCACUUCGCCAUGCCUGGUUCAACGAUCUUCCGCAACUUCGAUAUCAAAUGCAGCAACACCAACAGCAGCAGCACUAGCAUCAAAUAAAAGCGUUUCAUGUGGUUGAUAGACACCUACGGUAAAAUAACUACGAAAAUAGAAAACUUUUCUUUAAUGGGGAGGAUGGAUAUAAAGUACAUACAUAUCUUGGGUCCGCAUUUUCUCAGUUUUCUGCUGAUAUCAGGCAUGGUUUAGUUACUUUUUGAAUUUGGCAUGUCUCGCAUUUGCAUAGUUGCGAUACGGGAUAAUAUUGAUGACUCAUCUUAAUCCCCUUUGAUGUUUAUUUCUUGAGCUUUCGUGUGAACAGCCCUAUUGAUACUGAACCGAUCAUUGACGCCGUCACUGUGCUAUGGCUAACGAUUAACUCUAUAGAGUUCACAACAAUAUCUCGAACCCGUUGGCUGUCGAGUUAAAACUAAAUCCAAUUGCUAAACACCACAAAAUCGAGAAGUGGGGCAGCACCUUGGAGACGAAACUUCGUUUGCGAGCCAAAUGUUUAAUAUAUGAUAUUAUGCGCAGGAAAGAGAUAGACCACUGGACUCCAUAGCGAUAUCACCAUUAGUCUAGAAAGAAUUACCAAGUGCUCGAAGAGAAGUCGUCUAUAUCAUGAUUGAACCAACCAGCAGUGUAACAGCACCUAUAUCCGGACGACGACAAAAUGCCAGGAGCGAACUUUCGAAACAAACACCGAAACUCUCAUAUCAGAAGAAGUAAGAAAACAAACACAACACAAAAAACCAGGAAAGUUAGGCUGGGAACCGACACAAAAUACUGCAAGGCACUACAUCACGCUGCAAGAAUUACGCUGGCAUUGCUCAAGGUACCCUUCAUCCUCACUGGUGUCAGGGACAGUAGCAGCUCUGCGCUUUACGCCCUGGAUUUUGAUAUUUUGGUCACCCUCUGCAUGCCACCAUUUCAGCAUUUGCAGGGUUCCAGACCCAACAGCUUGAACAUCGAUAACCCAUUUUCCACCGCUAACCGCGACCUCUGUGUGCAUUCUUGGAUAGUGCCACUCGGGGAGGUAAAUAAUGGAAGGGGCAUCCUCAGGUGUUGCAGUCUCGGCCGAUAAGGAUAGCGUGAAGAGACAGUUGCGGAGGUCGAACCCAUAUUCUUUGAUGGAGCCGUGAGUAAGGACAGGACUUGGCCGGACAAACGCUUCAGCUGCACGGAAGCCAGGCUUAUCCGUCAGCUCGGAGGACGGCUGUGACGCCUGUGUGAUAGAUGGCUGCGGAAUAGCGUCUUUCAGGUUCCCAGCGGAAACCUGGGUGACUGAGUUGCUUUGAGCAGCGGAGAAUGCGGGGGAGGUUCGAUCGGAGGAUGUAGAAGGCCGAUCCUGCGAGAUCUCCCCGAGUACAUCUAGAUUUGGAGGAGGAAAUUCUAGGUCAUCGGUUGAGAAUAUGGAAAGAUCCUCGCCGUUCCAUCGAUCACCCCAUUCAUGGCAAUUCUAAAACAGUAACGGGCGAAAAGCCGUUUGAUCCACUCCCUUCGAUCGCAAAGUGAUUAGCAUCCAUUGCACUGAUUUGGCUGCUAUAAUCGCCUGUUUUAUAAGCGUGCUUAUCGUCCAUGUCAUAUGGGAUACCAAUCUCGGUGAAAACCAUUGGGUGAAUCCCCAUGUAAUCGAAGCUCUCUUUUCGCAAAAAGCGUAGCUGAUCGCGGAGACAAUUUCUAAUUGCAGUUUCUCCUAUUUUGAUAGCGAAUAUCGGGCUGAGAUAUUUCCCUCGUAUAACCCCGACUACGUCCACGUUGUAAAUUCGAUUCCUAAAAACGAAUAUGUCAAUCAUAUGCCAAUAGAAGAAGAACGGACACAUAAACUCACCAAUGCUUAGUCAUGAGUGUAAGCCCAUCGUACUGAUGCGCAGCAUGGACCAUGUUUGGAUCAUCAUCUUCGGUCCCCUUAAUGGACGGAGGUAGCUCCAACACAGCAGGCUGACAGAACAUGAUAGCAUUGGAAUGCACACUUCUAAUGGCAUCCCUGAAAUUCCGAUAGUGAGCCAUAAAAUAUUGAUUCGUAAAUUCCUCGUAGUUGAGGGCUUUACCGGUGUUCGGGUCCUUGGCGAAGUAGUCUUUUUUCAGCAAACUGUCAGUGCUGGGAUCCCAGACGCCGUGUUGAGCCCAGAGACAUUCUCCCAAUUUCCA